UCAUGAAGUUUUCCAGCUUUGAUUGUGAAAGCUGAAAUUCUCCAAUACAUGAUAAUUUGAAGUCUCUAUCCUCAGCUGUCUUUCUCAAACCUUAACCAAAUUGAUCUUACAUUUUACCUGACAAAAACGAAAAGUUUGGACAAGGUGUGUGUUUUAGCAAAAAUGGUUAAGGAAAAUGAAGUUCCUGCUCAAAGCUUGGAAUGGAGGGUCAAUAUGCCUAGUGGCUCUUCGCAAAUUUUAGUGCCAGAGUCAAGGCAAACAUGUAGAUUGUUAAGCUUAAUAAUGGGGUUUGUUUCAAACGUCAAGAAGUUUUUUGACAAGGCAUGGAAUUUAGCUGUAAAUGAGCCAAAAAAGGUUAUUCAUUGCCUCAAAGUAGGAUUGGCUCUUUCUAUUGUGUCACUGUUUUAUUACACGAGGCCUUUGUAUGAUGGUGUUGGAGGGAAUGCUAUGUGGGCAGUUAUGACAGUUGUAGUAGUUUUUGAGUAUACUGUAGGUUCUACACUAUAUAAGUGUGUAAAUAGAGCUAUUGGAACAUGUUUAGCUGGAUCUCUAGGAAUUGGUGUUCAUUGGGUUGCAAGUCAAUCUGGAGACAGAUUUGAACCUAUUAUUCUCCAAGCUUCAGUUUUUCUCUUAGCUGCUGCAGCAACCUUUUCUCGAUUUAUACCUACCAUAAAAGCGCGAUUUGAUUAUGGUGCCAUGAUCUUCAUUCUUACGUUCAGCUUAGUGUCAGUGUCAGGCUAUCGCGUUGAUAAGUUGGUUGAAUUGGCUCAUGAAAGGGUCUCCACUAUUGCUAUUGGGGCCUCCAUCUGUGUUUUCAUUACCAUGACUUUGUGUCCUGUGUGGGCUGGUACUGAGCUGCAUCAUCUCAUUAGUACUAACCUUGAAAAACUUGCUGAUUCCUUGGAAGGAUAUGCUGCUGAGAACUUCAGAGUAGAUGGCAGUAAAAGUUUAAAUGAGAAAGAUCCCAGUAAGAGAUUGCAAGGUUACAAAUGUGUACUAAAUUCCAAGGCUGCUGAAGAAUCCAUGGCCAAUUUUGCCAGAUGGGAGCCAGCACAUGGAAAGUUCAAUUUCCGACAUCCAUGGAAACAGUACCUUAAGAUUGGAGCUUCAAUGAGAAGCUGUGCCUAUUGCGUUGAGACUCUCUAUGGUGGCAUUAACUCCAAUACUGAGACUCCUGAGUUCCUUAAGAACCCUCUCAACGACGUCUGCAUGAGAUUAGGUACUAGCUCCUCUAACGUGCUAAAAGAGCUGUCGAGUAUGUUAAAAACGUUGACAAAUUCAACAAAGCUAGAUAUACUUGUUGAUGAAAUGAAUUCUUCCGUAGAAGGACUUCAAAAUGCCCUCAAGACACUCCCAAGUUACCAGCAUAUACCAACCCCAGAUCCCAAAACUGAAGAGGCACCUAAUGGUACAGAAGAGUCUAUCUUGAAACCUACUGCGCUGUCACUCAUGGAAAUUGUUCAAAUGGCCACUCUAACAUCACUGCUCAUAGAAAUAGCAUCAAGAAUUGAAGGGAUUGUGAAGGAGGUCAAUGAACUGGCAAGCCAAGCACAAUUCAAAGAUGAUAGCAGCAAGACGUCCAAACAAACUCAAACAAAGCUGAAUGAAAAUGAUGGUAAUGAACAUGAAGUAACAAUGACGACUCUUCAAAAAGUCUGAGUUACCAUUAUAGGAUGAAUCGAACAUGGUGGGGUUUCUUCCCAAUAGCUGACAGGCUUUCACUUUUAUGAGAAAUCUAUUACUGUAAACUGCAUAUUGUACAGAAAAGAGAGAACUUUCAUUACUAUACUAGGGACUUUUGAGGAAUAGCGUGAACCUUAAUUUGUUUCUCCUUCUCUUUUGCUGCAUUUCUCUCUGUCUUCUCCUCCAUUUUUCUACUCUUGAAAUAAGCGCAGAGGAUAAAGAACCAUGUUUUUACA